UCUGUAUACCGCUUGUAUAUACAUGACGAGAGCUGCCGCGCUAUGUGCUGGCCCGCGCGCUCGCUACUCAGACGCGCUUAAUCAUCGAGAUUUUACGUAUAUACAACACACGUACAUACACAGAUAGAUACGGAGCAGCACAGGUAGACUCGAGUGCGACUCGUCGUCGUCGUCGUCGUCGUCGUCCAAGUGCAUCGUCGGACGUGGGACGGAUCGUCUCGCGCGCCUCUCGACUGUCAGUGAGUGAGUGAGUGUGUGUGUGCGCGCUUGUGCGUGGGUGUCUGUCAUUACGCUAUAUAUAAUACAGUGCGCGAUCGUCUGCUCGACAUCGGCGGUGUGUGUGCGGACUAUCAUCGACGAGCUGAGCUAUACAGUUAUAGGCCCGAUGGGACGAGGCCCCCGCGAGUGAACGACACGUACAGACACGGUGAUUCGGUGCAGUGCCGCGAGAGACUCGGUGUUCUACGAUAUUAUAGCCUCUCGUGCAUCCAUAGAUCGGCCGAGGAGAGAGCAUCUUCUUCCCUUCGGAGCGAGGAGUUGUUGUACACACGCACGUAGUAUUGUAUAGCCGAGACACUUGUGGAGGCGCUGCUGCACCUCGUGUGCUUCUAUAUACUCGUCUCGCUUCUCUUUCUCUUUCUUUCUCUCGUCGUCGUCGUACGUGAGACCAGGUGUGCCGCGACGGUGUGAGUGCGUUAACGUGUGUACAUUACAUGUAUAUACACGCUGCGUCGAGACUGGUUUUUUCGGCAACGCAUCUCUGUCUCUCUCUCUUGCUCGCUCGGCUGACUUGCAUCGAAUGAAACACGGCCCCGCGACGAGGAAAGAAGAUACCGACAGCGGCGGACCGCAGACACUCGUCGACUAGGCUCGAGCUGUUUCUUUUUUUUUUCUCCGCAAUAACGGAGUCUCUCUUUCUCUCUCUCGCUCACUCUCGCACACUCUGCCGCGUGUGAGAGUCGACUCCAAAAGAGCAUCAGCAACAACAACAGAAAACCUGCAUUGUUCUUAUCUCGCUCUUAUCGCAAUCAAGCUCGCGUCUUCGUAUACUUUCCUUCGCCGUGAUAUAAUGCACUGUAUGUACGAGCCGUGACACGGUAGUGUACGACGCUGACACGUUGUUGUCCGCCGCGGCAGCCGUUGAAAAGGCCGUCAUCGCGUAUAAACAUAAUAUAUAUAUAUGCCUAUGACGAUGCUUCUGUGAAAGCCGCGCCGGCUAUAGCGAGACAGUGAACUCGGCAAAACCGGGUCAUCUUACGCUGCAGCGCGCGAGCAGCUGGCUAUUUAACAGAAACAACAACAACAAAAAAGCACAAUUUUUAAAUUCCACCUUGACACCCGCCACAAACGUCUGUCAGGGCUGCGGUGUGACUGUGUCGUUUCCUAAAAACAUCCCAAGACACACGCUAGACUUUGUACACACUCGGAGACACAGCCAAGCGGCUAUACUCAUAGACACCUGUGGCACACUACUCUACGCACGUGCGUGCGAACCCGAGCGGCAUUCAGUCGCGGCUUCGGCUUUCACGUGUGCGCGUCAGAUUUUCGUGCUUUUUACGUCACUACUGUGCUCGUGUGUUUGCGUGUAUUUUCGUGCGCACGCGCGAGUGUCAUUCUGUUUACGACGCUCUUUACUGCGAGUCAUUGCAGCAGCAGCGAUUUUUACUCGCGCACACGAUCCACGAAAUUCGAUCUUUUUCGACGACAAUUUACGAAUUGGUCGCCGUAAGCAAGAAAAGAAAAGAGGCAAAGCAGCAACAAACUUGUUCAAUAAGUUGCUUUUAACGUGGCCAAUUCCACGCGCGCGUAUACCCUCCAGCAAAUAUUCCAGCUACUUUCUCAAAGUCUACUUUUGUCGAUUAACAGACGAUUAUGCUAAUUGGCUCGCAAGUUCAUUAAUCCUCAUCAAUCGUCCCCGAUCGUUAGCUACUACUACUGCUCGUUGUGUUGUCGAGCAUAAGACAACGUUGCCUAUAGAAUAAAUUCUCAUUACACGUUCCAAAGAAAAUUUUUGCUUAUAAAAAAUUGCGUCUAGCCGACGAGCAAAAAAAAAAAGGAUAAAUAGAGAAUAUAUAGAGCUAGAGGAAGGGGGACGCGUUGCUCGUUGAGCCGCGUCGCGCAUCGUCUCUACAUAUCUCUAUAAUAAACAGACCUAGAAGCCUCGUCAUGCGCGAAGAACAGCGCGACAGCAGCAAUAGCAGCAGCAUGAAAACCAGCCACGAGCUCAACAGCAGCAAUGACAACAAAUCGUCGUUGGCCGCGUCCAACGUCGCCGGCACGACGACGCCCAACACCGACGAGGAGUUCGUCGGGCCGGAUUACGAGGAGGACGACUACUACAGCGGCGGCCUCACGGCCACGCCGAGCUUCGACGAUCUCGAGGCCAGCGACUCCGAGGAGAUACUCGUGCACUGGCACCACGACUCCGGCGAGUUCGAGGAGAUACGCGAGGCCGAGUUUCGCGAGGACAAAGGACACCUGCGCGGCACCCGGGGCGAGCUCAGGCAGCUGCGCCAGAAGCUCCGCGAAAAGUCCCGACAGUUGUUGAAUCUCGUCCGAGGCGAGGACGCCGUUCUGCACAGGAGCGGCUCGCUGUCACCGUCCCUCGACAGCGUGGCCAAUGAAUUUCACAGCCUCUCGAUAGAGGAGCAGGAGCGUCAAAAGGCCGAGUGGAGCGCCGAGCUUGCCAGGAUCGAGGAUGAGAUUCAGACUCUCAGGGAGGUAUUGGCGAGCAAGGUGCGAACGGCCCACGAUCUCAAGCGCAAACUCGGCAUUAGCGUGUGGAAAGAAUUGAGCAGCGACGUCAGCCAGGGACUUAAAAACGUCAAGGAGACCAAUGUUUACCAGAAUAUUGGUGAUACACUUGGUUCUAUCAAAAGGACGGUCUCUGAAAAUACUUUGUUCCAAAAGACGGAAUCGGUAUUGAAGUCGACGGCAGAAAAGACGACGAGCAUCCUGGGCGGUUUUGGCAGUGGACUUUCCAUGAAAAUCGGUCAGAUGAGAAAUUCCGACAGUUUUAGGUCCCUCGAGGAAAAAGUCGGCAGCGCUUACGAGAAUGUGAAGCAGGGUCGCAUGACGCCGUCUCGCAGCAACUCGACGCAGAGCUUCGACGAGGCGCUGAGGGAGGCCGGCGCGUCGAGGCGCACCUCGGCCGCCCCGUCGGUCACCAGUCCCACCAUACCCGAGGACAAGAUGCUCUCUUAGGACGCGGAGUCGACGACUUCGGUGCCCGCCGCCGCCGCCGCCGCCGACGAUCAGCUUCGCUGCGUCAGUCCGUCCGUACAACCAGGCUGCACAUUCACCGGCUGAUCAUGCAUUACACAAUAAUACGUUAAUAGUACAUACAUUCGCACUAUUUAUUAAACAAUUAACAACGGCAUAUGAAUUAUAUAUUGAAUGAGGUGUAACGAGUGCGAGAGAAAGAGAGAGAGAGAAACAGCUUAACGUUCUUUUAACCGAGGUAUCUCGAGCUACGAAUGGCAUGGAUUUUUGCGCUAUUGAGUUUUAUUUGUGCAUCAAAUAAAUGUAAGAAAUAUUGUACGACUUUUAUUUACGAAAAAUUAAUGUUAUAUUCGUAACUUUAAGUGUGGGAAUUGAUUAAAUGUGUUUCAAUAAAAUUGGAAAUUUCUAUUUUUCA